AUGCCCGGAAUCAUCGAGAAGACCAAGGACGCCGUCGAGAAUGCCGCCGAGGCAGUGAAGGACAAGGUGGCCGACUGGACGGGAAUGUCCCACGAGGAACGGGCCAAGGAUUCGGCCAAGAGCGCCUGGGAGGAUGUCAAGGACAAGGCUCAUGACAAGAAGGAGGACGUGAAGGACUGGGCCCACGACAAGACCCGCGAGGCUGACCGCAAAAUGGACAAAUAC